CACAGCAACAUGACAAAAAUUUAUAUUAUAUUGCUGGCUCUGUGCGUUCACAAUGCGUUCAGCGCUGAGCAGAAGAAACGUGAAGCAAAGCCUAGUAUUCCGCACAUAGUAGGGGGAUAUGGCGGAAUUUCUACCUCACUUGGGACAAUUUCACAUUCUAUUGGGGGAAUAUCUCCAGCCGUUGGUGUGAUUUCGAAUGGUAUUGGUGGCGUUGGGGCAAUUUCCUCUGGGAUUGGGGUAGGGAUUGGAGUUGGGGGAUAUGGCGGCGGCGUUGGGGCAAUUUCAUCAUCUAUACCAGUCCGACAUACAUACUCCGAGCAUUAUACAAGUGUAGGAGUUCCUGUGCCCCAUCCGGUACCAGUUAGUGUACCUCGGCCGGUUCCGGUUCCUGUUCCCGUUGGUGUCCCGGUUGACCGUCCUCGCCCUGUGCCUGUGGAUGUACCGCAUCCAGUCCCACACGAUGUCCCCCGUCCUGUAGCUGUACCAGUAGAUAGACCAUACCCCGUACCUGUUGCUCAACCUGUACCAGUCACAGUGACUCAAGGUGUAGGAAUACCUGUACCUCAACCAUACCCUGUUGGCGUACCAGCGCCAGUUCCCGUAAGAGUACCAGUAGCUGUACCCAUUUCGGUACAAGCUGCCCCAGCAUAUAUAUCAGGAGGAUUAGGAGUAGGUAUCGCAGGGGCAAUUGGUGGAAUUACAGGGGCAUAUGGUGGAAUUACAGGGGCAUACGGUGGAUAUGGAUAUGGAGGGUAUGGAGGUUACGCCGGAGGCUACGGAUACGGAUUAUCACCCGCUGUCGGGGUUAUUGGAAGAAUUUCUCCCGCUGUUGGGGUAAUUUCAUCAAGUCUUGGUGGAAUUUCUCAUGGUGCUGGAAUAUAUGCACCAUCGAUAGGUCAUGCUGUACACCACUGACUCAAUAGAUACUAAUUAUUAAAUUGGUUGAGGUUAAUCUAGUCUUGUUAAAGUUUGAUGUGUAUUUUUUAUGAAAAUAUAAACAUA